AUGAGACUUUCUGCUGUUUUUGUCUCUGCAAUCGCUUUAUUAUCUACCGUCAUUGCUGCUCCAAUAACCGAAAAAGAAUCUGAUGAUUCUUCAAUCAAGGUUCCUUCUGAGGCCAUUUUGGGCUUCUUAGAUUUAACUGCAGAUGAUGACGUCGGAUUGGUUAAGAUUAACAAUGGUACCCAUAGUGGAAUCCUUUUCUUGAACACUACCAUUGCAAGCAUCGCAUAUGCUAAUGAGACUAUAUUGAGUAAAAGGGAAGCAUCCGUUGAAGCUGACCCAUGGAAGUGGUUAUCUUUGAGGGUUGGGCAACCAAUUUACAAAAGAGAAGCUUCUCCAGAGGCUGAAGCUGAACCAUGGGAAUGGCUAUCUUUGAGGGUAGGACAACCACUUUACAAGAGAGAAGCUUCUCCAGAGGCUGAAGCUGAAGCUGAACCAUGGAAAUGGCUAUCAUUUAGAGUAGGGCAACCAAUUUAUAAAAGAGAGGCUUCUCCAGAAGCUGAAGCGGAUCCAUGGAAGUGGUUAUCUUUCAGAAUUGGACAACCAAUCUACUAG